AUGACAGUUCUGCCUCUUGAGAUUGCUAACUGGGACCAUGUAGCACCUUUUUGCCUAUCCUCGCAUAGGGAGUCGUUCCCGGAUUCGAGCACUAAGGCGUUCAUUCCUUUCACCAACGCGUUCCAUGCCAGCCCGGCCGGAUCUACGACCAUGACAACGGAACGUCCAUUCCUUAUGAAUAUCUCGUGUUUGUCACGGGCUACUGGACGCCCUGGUGCACCGGUAGCGUACGAAAAAGGCGACAGGAGACGAAGAGAAUCCAAGGUGAUCCAGGAGAAGGUAAAGAGCGCGUCGAACAUCGUUGUGAUUGGAGGUGGCGCGUACGGCAGGUCGCCUUCGAUAUCAAAGACCAAUAUCCGUCGAAGAAGGUCACAGCUCAUCCAUUCCCGCCCGCUGGUGAUGAACCGCUUCCAUCAUGCCUUGCAUGAUAUCGUCAUGGAGAGGUUCAAGGCCGCAGGGAUCGAAACUAUCCUCGGACAGAGAAUCAAGGGUAUUCCGGAUUGGUUCCAGAAUGAUGAACCGAGUUUUCAAUCACCCUUGCUGACGGAAGGGAAAUCCCUUGUACAGGAUCUACCGUUCCCCUUGAGCGAUCCCCUAUUGUCGCUGUCACCGUCAUCAGUAGAUCCGGAAACCAAAUAUGUCAAGGUGAAGCCUACGUUGCAGAUUGUAGACCCCAAGUACCCGCAUGUGUUUUCUAUCGGAGAUGUAGCAGAUACUGGAGCGCACAAAGCCGCUCGGCCCGCCAUCGCCCAAGCCCAGAUCGUUCUCAGAAACAUACAGAAACUCAUGAAGGAUGAGAAGGCAGAACUGGAGACGUACAAGCCCGACCUUCCUGCGAUACAUUUGGCUUUGGGAUUCCGGCCGAGCAUUAAAUUUAAAAACCCGACGUCGCCUGAUGGAGAGCCUAUGAAGAUAUUGGAUGAUCACGGUGACCUGGAAGCUGGGUGCGGCAAAGUAUGGGCGAUGAGGGCUCCCGGUGUGGUAGACUAUAGACUCUGA